GUAAAUGAAACACUUAAUAAAGCUAGUGAAUUACUAAAAAAAGGCACUCUGGAUGACGCAGUGAAUUUAGUGGCUGUUUUGACUUUUUUUAAUGGAUUAAUAGCUACUCGUAUGGCUAUUAACAUAAAAAUAAAUCUUUCUGG